UGGAGGAGACGCGGGAAGCGGGGAGACAUUUUUAUUGACUUGACUCCUGUUUUCCUCUCCCGCGCUCUGCCUCUCCUCUCGGGGUGUUAUUCUCCUCGCGGCCAGCAGGAGGCGGUGGUUCCCCGCUGCCCGCCCCCCCGGCUCCCUCCCGGCCCCCUCGCUGGUUCCUCCGCCCGGCUGACGGUGCUCUCGUGCCUCCGUCCGCCGCCGACAUGCCGGAGUACCUGGACGACCCGUCCGUGCUGACCAAGGAGCGGCUGAAGAGCGAGCUGCUGGCCCACAACGUGGAGCUGCCGGCCGGGAACCCCACCAAGGACGUGUACGUGCAGCUGUACCUGAAGAACCUGACGGCCCAGAACCAGCUGCGGGUCCCGGCCGCCGCUCUGGACGCCUUCUCCAGCGACGAGGAGCUGCCGCCGCCCGUGGUGUCCGGCCGGAGCCGCUCCUCCGGCAGGAAAGCCACCAGGAAGACGGACAAGCCGGCGGCGGAGCAGCUGGACGUCACCGUGCUGACCGACGAGGGCCUGAGGGACCAGCUGCUCCAGCUGGGGGCCGACGUGGGGCCGGUGGUGGCCUCCACCAGGAAGCUGUAUGAGAAGAAGCUGCAGAGGCUCCUGGACCAGGGGCCCUCGGAGACCCCUCCGGUCCCUCCGCUGGUCCUCACAGACCUGCAGCUCAACCACAACGGGGACGCCCAGUCGGACCCCUACAGCGACAAGGAGGACGAGGCCACACCAGAACCUGAACCCGAGCCUGAGCCUGAGGAAGAGCCAGAACCAGAGCCAGAACCAGAGCCAGAACCAGAACCAGAGCCAGUCCCCGUGGUGGAGAGAACCGUGAGGAGUCGAGGAAAGACCCCCGUCACCACCCGGACCCGGAGCAGCCAGCACCACCCGGAACCUGAGCAGAGAGGAGGCGCAGCUCUGAGACCAGCUCACCCCGUGGAGAAGAUCGCGGCCAGGGAGCAGGUCCCUCAGGUGGAGGAGAAGGACGUCCUCAAGGAGCUCUUUUCAAAUGACUUCAACAGUCCCACAGGAAUCAGCGCCACCUGCAGGCGGCCCAUCCGAGGGGCCGCGGGCCGCCCGGUGACCCCCGGCGACCUGUGGAAGGACGAGAGCCGCCUCUUCUCCCCGCUGAGCACCAAGCGGAGCAGCUUCAGCUACACGGAGAGCCCGGCGGCUCCGCCCGCCUCCUUCAGCGCCUCCUCCAGGCUGCUGGGCGCCGCCGCGCCUCCACCCGCCUCCUCCAGACCGGCCCGCCCCCCCGCCGCCGCCGCCGCCGCCUCGCUGUGGAAGAAGCUCCUCCUGCUGGCCCUGCUGGCCGCCUUCCUCUUCCUGGUCUACCAGGCCAUGGAGGCAGACUCCUCCACCCCGUUCCAGGUGGAGGUGGAGGCGGAGCCGGGGGAGCAGGGGGGGGCGGGGAGCAGUGCGUGAGGGGGAGGGGGGCGGGGGGAGGGGGGUUUAAAGAGUGAAUCUUCUUCGUAGCCUUUUCGUCGUUACCUCUGACAUCAGCCAGUCUCUCCCUUCAUAUCUGAACCAGUCGUGAAACAGAUCCGGGGUCUACCAGCAGGGGGCGGCACAGCCGCACCACACAGCUCCACACUCCCUCCGCUUCACUGGAAGCCUGAAGGCUCCACUUCCAGGGAGAAUCUCAGCCUCUGAGGUUUGAGGAUCAGUGUAACAUGAAGCUUCAUGUUCUACCCACACGCCCAGACUGAGACCCUCUCUGGAGGUCAGAGGUCGCCUCCCAUCAGGUGAAGGGUCCAGACAGGCGGCAGCUCUCCUUUGGAGAGUUCAGCUGUUUUAUCAUCAUAUUUAACAGUGUUUCUGGUGUUUGCAGUGACUGGACAGGGAAGCAUGCAGAGUUGUUUGGAGAAGCAGAGGGAAUGGUUCUGUGUGGUUCUGAGACCAGCCACACUCCUGGGGGCCCGGUCCGGUGCAGGUCCCGUCUCUGGACCGGACCGGGUCCUCCGCAGGCUGCUCUCGACCCUGCUGGAGUUUGGACCUCCAGAUGAAACCCGGGCCGUCUUGGUCCUGCCAUGUGAUUUGUUUUUUUAACUUUUGUUUGCAUGUUGUGUGUUUGUCCGGAGCGCUGUGGGCCGAGCAGGUCUUCACAUUUUGCCUUAGCGUCUGAAGAGGGUGUGAACUCGUCUUCUCCCUCCAACAUCUUUCUUAUGGUCCAGGCGCCUGGAGAUCUUAAAGCGAUAUUUUUCUAAAGUUCUCUACUCUGAUCCAGUGUAUCCUUCUGAAUUAUGUAUUCAUGAAUAUCCUCAAUAAACUGUUGUUACAUUACCUCAUA